AUGGGUAACUGUUGCCGCUCCCCGACCGCUGUGGCCAGGGAAGACGUUAAGUCCAGCUACCACCACGAUCAGGCCCGACGAGAACGCGACUUUAGGGGCGGCAGCAGCCAUAAUGGUGGAGAUGCCGGUGGCCAGAAGAAGCUGACGGUGCUCAAGGAGAGAAAUUAUAACAAUUUCAAGGCUGGAAUCGACGGGAAGUACAUGCUUGACCGGGAGCUGGGACGAGGGGAGUUUGGGGUCACCUAUCUCUGCAUGGUCAGGGAGACCCGCGAGCUCCUCGCUUGUAAGUCCAUCUCCAAGAGGAAGCUUCGAACGUCUGUGGAUGUGGAGGAUGUACGCAGGGAGGUGGCCAUCAUGCGCCACCUGCCCAAGAGCCCUAGCAUAGUGAGCCUGCGGGAGGCUUGUGAGGAUGACCGUGCCGUACACCUGGUUAUGGAGCUCUGCGAGGGUGGUGAGCUUUUCGACCGGAUAGUGGCCAGGGGCCACUACACAGAAAGGGCAGCGGCUGUUGUCACGCGUACUAUCGUGGAGGUGGUACAGCUUUGCCACCGUCAUGGUGUGAUCCACCGUGACUUGAAACCGGAGAAUUUCUUGUUUGCCAACAAGAAGGAGAACUCGCCGUUGAAGGCUAUUGAUUUCGGUUUAUCUAUAUUCUUCAAGCCUGGUGAGUGCUGGUGAUGGCAAUUUCAGAUCAUACUGGUUCCUUUUACACAUGCUUGGCAUUCAUGUAUUGGUAUACUUGACUAGAUCACACAUAAUUUGCAUUUUUUACGCCACCAAUAUAUUAACUCCUACAAAUCCAACAUGGUGUGCUCUAUUAUGCUAUACGGCUGUCACUGCUUUGUGAAUAUUUUCUCCAUUUUUUUGCCCACUAGAUGAAUUCUGGUCCAUAUAUUCUUGCUCUGAGGGAGAUAUUAAUUCAGUGUAGUUCUUUGAAAAUUACUCCUUUUUUCGGCUCGCAUAUUACUCUUACACGAUUCAGGGGACUGUUGAACAUAAUAUACGAAAUGUGUGAGUGCUGAAGAAAUUCAUUCUGUGGAUACCUGCUGGAAUAAAAAAUUGUAAGGAAGAAAACUGGUCACUGGAUAACGAUGGGAAAGGAGGUUAUAGAUCUCUUGAUCGGGAUAGGGUUUUAGAAGUCAAAGGCAAGUUCGUGUGGGCCUUGAGUAAAUAUCUUUAUACAACCCUCUUUGAUAUAUUGUCGUCUAUUGUUAGUCAAGAAGAUGAAAAUUCAUGGGUGAAUGGACAUAGCUGGCUACUAUAGGAAUGGUGGUGCUUGAGGCAUUCUUCCAAGCUGCUGGACAUUCCACGAUAAGGCAGUUUAUCUUUUGCAGAAUUCAGGAAGAAAGUGCAGAUUCUGCCGUUACCCCUUCCUUGUAUGGCUCUAAUUUACUUUCUUGGUCUACUCCGUUCCCCUGAUGCCAUUCAUAACCCUGUUACAUAAUUGGUUGUAUUCUUCCUGCCGAGCUUGUUUGUUAAAGGACUUAUAGAUGUUUCUCAUAUGGUUCAUAUUCUGGGUGAUUUCCAAGAAAGGAACUGGAGCAUACUAUGAAAUCAACGGAAGAUUGGCUGUUAUCAGCAAGCUUGUCCCGUCCCAUUAUGUUUUGGUCAUCUGAUAUUCAGAUCUGGACGUGAUUCUUUUCUUGACAAUGUCUAAUAUGAGUAAUUUUCUGAUCUAGCUGUUUCAGCUGAGAAUCUGAGAUGGUUUUCCUAAAUUUGAAGUUUUGUGAACACCAAAUUUUUUUAAAACACGCAGUCUACAUCUCAGCACCUUCUCUUUCAGUUCUAGACAGCGUAAUGAAUUUAUUUUUAUAUAUUUUUCUUCUGUUCGCUGUAGAAAUCAUCUCAUAUUCGGGUUGACAUUACACUGUUCAUGGACAUAAGUUUUUAACAUCAGAUAAUUUAUCAGCAUCAUCUCAUGCUGUUUUCUGAUACAAAUCAAUCCUAUUUCUUGUAACCUUUCUUGAAAUAUGGCAUUUGGUAGGUAUCUUGUUAAGAGACAUCCACUGUUUUUUUUUUUAUUGAACUCCAAUCACUUUCUCAUAUGAAGACUUUGUAGAGGCGUUUAUUUCUUUUAGAUGCUGAUAGAUAAGUGUCAGGAAAGAACAGGGUCAAUUCUGUAUGAGGUAUACUAAAAUGUGGUAUGGAAAAAUAUAGAAAUUAGAAUAAUUAAAAAAAUGAUCAGACAGAUGAUUCGGUGGUCUGAACAUUAGGAAUUUUAGAUGCUUUGUCCUGUGCAGAAGGGAUAUGUAACAGAGUGAAAUAAACACCUUUUCUGGAGAAGGGUUUGUUGUGAACUUAGUUUUUCACCAUGCCUAACACCCAUUACAUUGGCAAUUACAGGUCUUCAGAGUUUUCGCAAUAAAAAAAUCCUGAUAGCAAGGAGCGGAUUCACACUUGAUGUGAUUUGAGCUGUGUGAAACUUUUCAAAACUUAAAAAGAUCUGUGUACAUUGGUUAUGCGUGAUUUGGUCGCUGUUACAAUCCCAUGCUUCUACUCAAUUAAUGUAGGUUUCUACAACUGGGGAUUAUCUAAGAUUUUAUGAGGUUAGGAUGUGAAAACAUGGUGCUUUUCUUUCCUUAUCAAUUUCAAUUUUAGAUCUUGCUUUGCUUCCUUGGGGAGAAUAUUCUAAGAAAAUUCAGAAUAUAUUUGGCAUGUAUGUUUUUUUUUAUUGCAUUGUGGCUUAGUCAGGGAGAAACUCCAAAAAUGAUUUGGCAAAAAAUUGCCGUCGCUAAUAAUCGUGAAGAAUAAAAAGCGAAUUCUUGGAAAAUGCUUAUUAAACACCUCCAUGGAUGCCCCCAAGUAAAAUACCAGAGGGGACCAUAAUAAUGCAUCUAACGUUUGGCUGUCACAGACCGAUCAGGUAAUUGAUUAAGAAGCCUGGAAAUCAGAUUCUCAGAAUGAGUAUGUGACUCAAGUGACUCACAUCGGUCAAAAUGAAGUAUGUCUUUUAUACCGCUCGAACUACAAGGUAUAAUUGAGGCGAUUAUGCUCACUUUUAUACAAAUAUUGUAUCUUUGGUAACUCUUGAAGAAGGACCAUGUAGUUCAUGGUUUGUGCCAGUGCACAGAACUUCUUCAAUGUCGUCAGCCCUCUGCAAAAAUACCCCUUGUGUUGACCCGGCAUGGGAUUAAUAUUCUUUCAGAAGCAUUCUGCGCUGAAAGAAGUUAGCUCAGUGAAUCACAGUAGUUAAGCACAGUAGUCAGGCCAGUGAAAAAAGUUAUGUCAGAAGAAGCUUAAAAUAUUUAUUCUUGCUCUGUCCUUUGCUCAUCAACUCCUGACCUUUUUCGAGCAGUUCUCAAGUUUGUUUUCUCAUUUUUCAAACUCCACCAUUAAUUGGGGCACGCAGAAGAUGUUAUUUAGUGAUCAAAUGUGGCUGCUGAUUUCUGAACACUUUAGCACUGGGAAAAAUCUUUAACUGGCCUGUUGGACAUCCAUUAAUCCUCGCAAAGGUCAUUAAUUUUCAAUCACUUUCUUGCAUUUUUCUGGAAAUUUCAGCUCCAAGGGGUUUCCACAUGCAUCAGAGAAAAAUGCCUGUCCCAUUAAAAUGGCUUCAGUCGCCAUCUGGAGUCUCCAUGGCUCGGAUAAACUGCUUGUUCCAUUUAGUUUCUAGACUUGCUUGUCGUUUGUUCAUAGAAACUCCUGUUGUUCUGAUGUUUAGCUUUAACCAUGCUCAAGCAGACUGAGUUCCCCUGCUUUAGGGCAAGGAAGAGCACGGGCUGAAUCUCGCUGGUAUUUUUGUGGUUUGCCUUCAUGUUAGCAUCCUGGGAUGUCUGUGAUCAUUAAACAUUAAUGAUCUAGUUUUUCGUUCAGAAGCAUUAUAGUGGAUAAUUACAUCUUCAUUUUUUCUCCAUUCUUUGAUAUUUUUUCCGCUUCUCAUGUCACCACUUUUUUAUCAUGUUCUAGGUGAAAGGUUCACUGAAAUUGUUGGAAGUCCUUAUUACAUGGCUCCUGAAGUUCUCAAGAGGAAUUAUGGACCUGAAAUUGAUAUAUGGAGUGCAGGGGUUAUUCUUUACAUUUUGUUGUGUGGGGUUCCUCCCUUUUGGGCUGGUAAGCUCAUUUCCUUUGCUAUAAAUGCUUGCUCUGCCCUAUCUUUAUUGGAGACUGGGCUACUAUUUAUGUCUCUUGCUUGUGCCACCUUUUUGGUGUUAUGACGUAGUUACCUAUGAAAUAAAGAUGUCGCUAGGUCACUUUGGAUGCCGGUGAUCUUUGCUAAAAUCGUUGAUGCUGUUUCUUCGUCUAAUCAAAGCUUCUGUUUUCUUGCAGAAUCUGAGCAGGGUGUUGCACAAGCAAUACUUCGAGGUGUUAUAGAUUUCAAACGUGAUCCAUGGCCAUCUAUUUCAGAAAAUGCGAAGCAUUUGGUUCAGCAGAUGUUGGAGCCUGACCCUAAACUUAGAUUAACUGCAAGACAAGUUCUUGGUAUUUCCCAUUCCUUUCUAAAACUCAUAUCCUGGUCAUAAUACACGUUGGAAUCUGUUUUGCUACCUUAUUUGGACAACGAACGGGGCCCCAUGGAGCUAAGUCCCAGCCUCGUACUGCUUUUCAAGAACUAAGCCAGGCCAAUACCGGAUUAAGCCUGGUGAAUGGGCUCAGAGCCAGGCCCAUCACUUUCAUGUAUAGAUGUGUGAAGGCACUGAGGGAUAACUCACUAGACUGUAGGUUGUGGGAGGUUAUAUUCCAUCAGAGUAGCUCAUACACCACGUUUACUUAAUUGUUCUUGAAAUAUUCGCCAUCUAAUUUCUAGUCAACCAAGAGUCUUGAAGCACAGUGCUGACGAAAGCACCAGGUGUUUGCGUGGAACUGGAUCUUGUAGAGAGUGUCGAUAUUCUGUUUUUUUCAAGACUUAAUCUCGAAUAGGAUUGGAUUAUCUGACUUGAUGAGAGAAAGUAAUGUAUACACCUAUAUAUAAUCCAUCAGAAGGAGAAUAGGAUGAGAUCAAUCUGGGUUGAUGUGAGUGAGGUUUUCAGUCCGAUUGAGCUUCAUGGACUUUUGUUCCUCGUGAUAAUCUUAUUAGCCAUGGCUUGUCGUCAUCAUUUUUCUAGUCCUUUUACACUGUCUUCUUGAUGGAACUAUCUAUGAAAGUAAACAUUCUUAUUUUGACGUGGUCAAUCAAAUGGGAUAAGGUGCAAGAAGGAUUGUAAUGAAAAAAAAUGAUGCUGGAGACAUCGAACCAGAGUCAAAGACACAAAGUCAGUUUCUUGCAGUUGGGUAUAUGAUUGGAUGGUAGGCAGAUAGUGCAUAUUUUUCCUUAUGGAAUAGGUGUUUUUAACAAAGGGAUUUCAGGCCCUUUUUGACCUUUUCAUGAAAUGUACAAGACAUCUACUGGUCUUGUUUUCUCAUAAUGAUUAUUAAGGUCGUAUCCCAGGAUUCUUUUCCCCAAUUAAUGAUAGCCUUUCUAUUGUUUGGACCUGCAGAGCAUCCUUGGCUGCAAAAUGCUAAAAAAGCUCCAAACGUUCCUCUUGGAGAUGUCGUUAAGUCACGGCUUAAGCAGUUUUCAAUGAUGAAUCGAUUCAAAAGGAGAGCAUUGAGGGUUUGUAGUUCUACUCAGUUGCUUGUAUGUCUUUUAAUACUAUGUUUGGUCCUACUUGAGUAAGUGAUUAUUCUUUGACAGGUUAUUGCUGAUCAUCUUUCUAGUGAAGAGGUUGAAGACAUUAAAGAAAUGUUCAAGCUGAUUGACACAGAUAAUGAUGGGAUUGUUAACUCUGAGGAAUUGAAAAUUGGACUGGCAAAACAUGGAUCCCAGCUUGGGGAAUCAGAAGUGCAGAUGCUGAUUGAAGCUGUGAGCCUAAUCAAUCUCCAUCAUUUAUUCUGUAUAUUUUUCUUAUAUAAAUUUAUUUGUUACGCCAUUCCAUUAUGGCGUGCUCUCUGAGAAAUAUUCGAUAAAUGCUGGAGGAUAGAAGCUUCAUCAGCCUUCCUUUUUGGUUUUAUUUUAGUGGAUUCUCGUAGUGCUUGGCAAGAAAAUCCGAGAAGUGUUUUAUUGCCUUUUGGAAAAGAUCUCGAUUUGCUUGUUUUCCAUCAAGCUUCUGCAUGUGUUGUCUGUUUUCUGUGACAACUACGAUGAGGGUGGACUAUCUUUCAGGUCUCUGUGCUUGACCAUUCUUGUCAAACGUGUCAUCGUUCUCAACUAUCAUCUUGCAGAUUCCGCCUCAUAUAUCAAGUUUUUGUUGUUGUUCUGUUUCAUUUUUGUAGCUGAAUAUGGAUGCCAUAUCUGACGGGGAUUUUUGAGCAGGUUGACACCAAUGGCAAAGGAAACCUGGACUACGGGGAGUUCAUCGCUGUUUAUCUUCAUUUACAAAGGGUGGCCAAUGAUGAGCACCUGCGCAGGGCGUUUGCUUUCUUUGACAAAGAUGGGAAUGGAUACAUUGAGCCUGAGGAGCUCGGUGAGGCACUGGAGGAUGGAGUUGGAGACAGUGGGGCUGUGGUGAACGACAUACUACAGGAAGUGGACACCGACAAGGUAGAAAGUUUCUCUUCCAUUCCUGCCGAUUUAUCAGCCACUGACUGGCCCAUUUGGCCUUUGCUGAUGCAGGAUGGAAGGAUCAGCUACGACGAGUUUGUGGCAAUGAUGAAGACAGGCACUGAUUGGAGAAAAGCUUCGAGACACUACUCCAGGGGAAGGUUCAACAGCCUCAGCAUCAGGCUGAUGAAGGAUGGCUCCUUGAACGGUUCCAGCGAGUAA